GCUAUGGAUUUUCUUCUUGAAUUCCCAACAGUAGUCUUCUUUUUCAUCCUGGUAUCUCUUUACUAUUUACUUCCAUGGAGGUCAAGGAAUACAAAGCUCAGCAAUAGCAAUAAAAGGGUUGCACCAGAAGCUGUUGGGGCAUGGCCAAUAAUUGGUCACCUCCAUCUGUUAGGAGGUAAUUCUAUUCCUCACAUUACUUUGGGAGCAUUGGCUGACAAAUAUGGACCAGCUUUCACCAUUCGGCUUGGUAUGCAACCUGCUUUGGUAGUAAGUAGUUGGGAGGUAGCAAAGGAAUGUUUUAGUACAAACGAUAGGGCCCUUGCCACCAGAUCCAAGUCAAUAGCCACAAAGCUCAUGGGCUACAACUAUGCUCUAUUUGCCUUCACUUAUUAUGGGACUUAUUGGCGUGAGAUACGCAAGAUAGUCAUGCUUCAGCUUCUCUCCAACCGUCGGCUAGAGAUGCUCAAGCAUGUCAGAGCCUCAGAGAUCGAAGCUUUCAUAAAAGAGAUAUACAAGAUGUGGGAAGAGAAGAAGGGUGGCCAAAAUAUACAAGUCUUGGUUGAUAUGAAGAAAUGGUUCGCAGAUUUAACACUAAAUAUUAUUGUCAGAAUGGUUGCUGGAAAGAGAUAUUUCUCUAAUAAAGCCUCUGAUGCAGAGGAGGCACUGCAGUGUCAAGAAGGAGUUAGAGAUUUUUUUCACUAUAUUGGUCUAUUUGUGGUUUCAGAUUCAUUUCCCUUUCUUGAGGGGUUGGACUUGCAAGGAUAUGAGAAAGCUAUGAAGAAGACGGCAAAAAAUUUGGAUUCUAUAGUUGAAGGAUGGUUGAAGGAACAUAAGCUUAAGCGAUCAUCUGCUAACUAUGGCCAGGCCAAGGGUGAUCAAGAUUUCAUGGAUGUUGUGAUAUCUAUCAUGGAGGAUUCAAAGCUCUCAUCAGAAGAGUAUGAUGCUGAUACGAUCAUCAAAGCUACUUGCUUAAAUAUGAUUCUAGGUGCCAAUGACACUACUGUGGUUACAUUCACAUGGACCCUCUCAUUACUACUCAACAAUCCUCACGUUUUAAAAAGAGCCCAAGAUGAGUUGGACAUCCACGUUGGAAGAGACAGACAAGUGGACGAAUCAGAUAUAGUUAAGUUGGAAUAUCUCCAAGCAAUAAUCAAGGAAACAUUGCGUCUCUACCCUGCAGCUCCACUAUCUGUUCCACAUGAGGCCAUAGAAAAGUGUACCAUAGCUGGUUAUCAUGUUCCAAUAGGAACUCGUAUAGUGACAAAUCUUUAUAAGAUUCAUAGAGAUCCAAGAGUAUGGAAGGACCCAGAUGAAUAUAGGCCAGAGAGGUUUCUCACCAGCCAUGUAGACCUUGAUCUUCGAGGUCAGCACUUUGAGUUCAUCCCUUUUGGCUCUGGCAGGCGAAUGUGUCCUGGGAUUUCUUUUGCUCUUCAAGUUCUGCACUUGGGUCUGGCUCGUUUGCUUCAUGGGUUUGAUUUUUCAACUCCUUCUAAUGCACUUGUGGAUAUGACAGAGAGCCCAGGGCUGACCAAUAUCAAGGCAACACCACUUGAAGUCCUCCUCACCCCACGCCUUCCUCCUGAAGUAUAUGGAUAGAAUCUUUCCAUAGUUUCACUCCGAAACCUAGUGCAGGAUUAUUAUGAAUCCAAUAUCAUUGCAUCUUGGGUAUACAGUUAAUUGGAGUUAUGUUGUAACACAUGUAAUGUAUGACAAGUAUGAGAGAUGUAUGACUUAUUUUUCAUCAUUCCCGUUUUAAUUAACUAUAGUUUAGAGUGAUUAGGCAGAAAUUUAGACUAUAUAUAUGGAAGGCACAAAGAGUUAUAAAAUUGGAAGAUGACGAGAAAGAAAUAGACAUAAAUUAAUCAUUAUUGUUA